GGUGUUGCACGUGCGACUGGAAGUUGGCUGCUCCUCUCGGUGAUCGUUCGUCGUCUGGGGGGCUUUGUUUUUCUGUUUCACCUGCUCGCUCCCGACGUUCGAGGUGGUGGCAGUGCGCGUGAGCCGUGGCGCUCCGAGAUGCUCGGACAGUCUCCUCACCUGAUCGGAGGCAUCCAGUGGAUCCAGAAUCCAAUGAGAGCUGUUCACUGCAACGUGAGCCAGAAUGGCAUCGACCACCAGAUGUGCUCAGAGGAUGUGACGUCACAGCUGGAGGAGGAGGAGGAGUCAGUCGACGCGGGCCCUGUGCUGCUGGACGGCGACAGCCGGAGCUACCGGGACGUCAGCCCCCCUGCAUACCACCGCCGCUCCCCGCCACUCCGAUCUGUCUCAGAGUCUGAGUUGACGCGGCCAGGAUAUGUGAAGCUGACUAAACCUGUGGCCCUGUGGACGCAGCAGGACGUGUGCAAAUGGCUGAAGAAACAUUGUCCCAGUCAGCAUCAGAUCUACAGUGACUCCUUCAAACAGCACGACAUCACAGGGCGGGCUCUGAUGAGACUGACAGACAGAAAACUGGAAAGAAUGGGCAUCAUGCAUGAAGUCCAGAGGCAGCACAUCCUGCAGCAGGUCCUGCAGCUCCGCGUCCGUGAGGAAGUGAGGACUCUGCAACUUCUUACGCAAGCCUCCCUGGAGUGCACUCCAUCUUCACCUUAGCCUGAACGAGCAGCGCCGUCCUCUCACCAAAGGACUCGGGCACCCGAGCGGACCAGUCCAUCCCUCCACGCCUCCGACCUCGACCUCUCCAAACUGGAAGAACGUUCCAUCAUUUCUUGGCCUCUGUGCGUCUGCUCCCAGGCUGUGACUCCUCAUUUCCUCGUUGUCCAAACAAUUCCUCACAGUGUCCUGGAAUCUGACCAGUAUUUUCCAUCACACGCGCUCAUCUCCAGUAAUUUCUGACCUUUUUAGCAAAACUCUCUCAUGCAAGUCCCUCCUACACUCCUCAAGAGCUCCAGCCAAGCCCAACCAGCACUUUAUCUACCCACAAUUCAAUGCUGGCUGCAAGAAGCGGUUGGCUGAGAUUCCUAAAAGUAUAAAUAUUGUGUCUGUCUUGUGAUUGGGCAACUUAACCUCAUUGUUACUGUAGUAACUCCCACUUCAAUUCAGUUUCUCAGUUUUCAUGCUCAAAAUCAGACACUGCUUGUUUAUGGCAGUUGUUGGCUCCUUCAUAUUUGAGAUUCAAGAUUACUUAAUUGCUGUUAUUGUAUAAUAUAUACAA